UUUGUUUUGUGGGCAUUUGGGGAAUUUGACAGAUUGACAUUUGGCUGUGCAUGUUUGUUUCUGCUCAUUCUUUUAGCCUUUUGAGCUUCCCUCAAGCUGGCAUCCUGGCAUUAGGCCCAGGUUAUUCUCCUCCCACCUCAGCCCAUUCUUCCACUUCCUGCUACGCCCUUUCUACCUUUACUCCAGUUUGAUGCAAUUUCUCCACUAACAGCAGCAAGGAAGGAACACUGACUAGGAAGUGUCUCAGAACACAAUUGGGGAGAGAAGAUCCAGUCUCUUACUUAGUGUGGCAAGUCUUCAUUCUCUGUCCUUUUGGAAAAGAUCUUUGGUCCUGCUCUCAACUUGAAUCAUUCUCCUUGGCACUCCCUUCCUCAGCUUCCACGGCUAGAAAAGGCAUACACAUUCCCUCAAGAAGAAAUGUGCCAAGCUACCUGUCACUGCUGCUGUUCAGGAAGGAAUAGAUUUGCUCUGACAAACGAGAAGGAUUGAGAUGAGGCAGGCAGCAUCUUCAUGACCCAUGAUGACUUAUGGCAAAGGGAUAUUACCCAGGUUCCAGUGGAUCCCAGAGAUGCAGGUUUGGAUGCUAGUGCUGAUCCUAGUGCACCUACCUUCUGCCUGCCUUCUGCCUGAAACUCCUGUGGAUUCUGUCAGCUGCACAGAGGAUCUUGGUUGCCGGCUGCUGGUAGAAGAUGGGCUGUGCACCCAAGGAGAAGCAGUGCCAAUGCCGGAGCGAGAUCCAGUCCUGGUGCCGAUCAAAAUGCAAACAAAGACCAUGCUUCGGUGCCAGCAGGAGCGGGACUGCAUUCCCUGCAUCCAGGUGAUGCUUCACCUUGGCCUGAUGGGUGCAAAACAAGAUGGAAGACCUGUCAAGGGUGGUGUGCAAUCCAGCAGACAUCAUAAGGAAUUCCUACGAACACACAUAUGGCUGUCAGCCCAGACAUACCCUUCCUUUCGCUGUGUGCUUGUGGAGGUUUGGUUCCCUCAUGCUCACAACAGUAGCCUGGGCUCUCUGCAGUUUGACUGCUUCCCAGUUGCUCUGAGUGGAGAGCUGCACAUCAAAGCCUUCACCAGCCCCUCUUACGAAUCUGUGCCUGUGUUAAAACACACACACCAUGGACCAAACUGUGGCUGGAGUAAUGCAAAAGAUAUGAUCCGGCUCUGCCAAGUGCCCCGACUGGAGGUGUUUUCUGGGGCAGAGGAGGCUGUGCUGCAAGUGUGGGACUUCCCUGCACAGCAGCACUUCCAUCUGUGGCUGUAUCUGAACCAGACAGAUGGGCGCAAAGGGAUGGAUUCUUGUAAGCUGCUGACUAGACCGGAAAAUGUGAGCGUACCUCUCCAUGUGGUGUUCCCUUGUCUCUGCCUGCAGAUUUGGCCAGAGGCUGAAGAUCCACCCCGAAUUGACCUGUGUCCUUUUGCAAGAGAUGCAAAAGCUCUUGCCAGAGCCUGGGCAAUGAGCCACCUAGAGCUAAGAAUCUUUCGUGGAACACUGAGUCUUUCUCUCUCUGCACCUUGUGACCUCCCAGGGGUGGUGGUGCCUUGCUGGAGGAUGGACCACCGUGCUUGCUACCCUCUCCACUCCAGGCUGCAUCUGACCCUCUCUCCAAAUAUGCUUCAGGAGUUUCCCGGGCUGAGACCCCACCCCAACCUCUGCGUGCAGGUAAUGAGUAAUGGAAGCAUCUACCACCAGAGUUGUCUGCAGGAGGAUUUCCCAGGAAGCCAGCAGCAGCUUCUGCUCUGGGAAACUGUUGGCCCCCAAGGCAAUUUGUCCCUCCAUGUCUUGGAACGGGGCUCCUGGGUUCCCACUGCUCAAGCCUUCAGCACAAGAAAUUGGAACUUGAGGGAGGCCCUGCAGAAUGACAUGAAGUCAGGAGAGUGUGUGCAGGUAUGGGGUUCAGAGGACGGUGAAACGGAUGUGCUUUGGGCCUGCUCCCUGGAGAAAUAUGGCCGAGCAUACUGGGGACUAGCCUGGAUGGUGACCCUCCUCGGAGUCAUCUCUAUCUUGUUGGUGCUGGUGCUCAAGAAGGAAACACUGAAAGGUUGGCUCAGGAUCCUGAAAGAGGAUUACAGUUCAGGAGGGACACUUCAGGGUCGGCCUGUUCUCAUCCUUUACUCACCAGACAAUGGGAGCUUUGAGCGACUGGUGGGCAUCCUGGCUGCAGCACUGGCCCAGCUCCAGGUUUCUGUAUCCCUGGAACUUUGGAGACGGGGGGAGCUGGGGGCCUUAGGGCCCAUGCAGUGGCUUCACGCGCAGAAGCAUCGGGUGCUGAAAGACGGCGGAGCCAUUGUGUUGCUUUUCUCCCAGGGUGCUGUGGCCAGCUGUGCAGAAUGGCUGGGCUGGGAAGAGGCAGGCAUGCAGCCCCCUGUCCACCCUGACAGCACCUUCUUGGCUUCCCUCAACUGUGUAAUGCCUGAUUUCCUGGCUGGGAAGGCCAGGGACAGUUAUAUGGUUGCUUGCUUUGAGGAGCUCCUUCCUGCUGCUGAGAUCCCUGGGCUUUUCCAUUCUGUGCCUGUCUACCAACUGCCCUCCCAGCUGUUCCACUUCCUGCUGGCACUGGCUGGCCCCCGGGUGGGCCAUGAGCAGAGGAGCAGCCUCAGGAGGCAAGUGGUGUGGAUCGGCAAGAGCCUGGAACGUGCUGUGGAAGAGUGCCGGCUAAAGAAGCCGAGCUGGCAGCAGACAUCGCAGCUGGGUGAUGCGCAGAUGAAAGGGGCCAGCAGCUGUCCUUGUGCAGAGUCCUGAAGUUCAGACACUGGACUGUGGUUACCCUGUGUUGCUAACAAGCUGCGGCUGAGCACAUGGACAUGAAGACUCCAUGCUGGCAUCUUGGACAAGCAUCCUGGCCCCGGCAAUGGACAUGUCUGUUGUUCCCAUCCUGUGGGCAGAGAGACUUGAGGAUACAGCCUCAGGUGUGCGUGGGCUGUCCAAGCGAUCAGUGUCCAUGAGAUAGGGUGGGAUACCUAGGUGCACAUUUGAGCUUGUUGAGAUGUUUGGAAGGAUCCUGCUGUCAUGUGAGCCCCUGGUGGGUUUUUAAAAUUUAUUGUGCUUCAAAGAAUGAAUGAAGGAGAGCCUGUCGGCAUGUCCAAGAAAGUACAUGUCGUAGGCAGGAGCAAAAUUCUAGUAGGAGCUCCUUUGCAUAUUAGGCCACACCCCCUGAUGUAGCCAAUCCUCCAAGAGCUUACAAGGCUCUUUUUUGUAAGCUCUUGGAGAAUUGGCUAUAUCGGGGGGGGGAGGGGGGGUCCUAAUAUGCAAAAAAGCUUCUGCUAGAAAUCCACCCCUGGUCAUAGGUAUACUUCUGAAUACAUAUGUAGGUAUGCCUCUGGAUACCAGAUCCUGUGUUCUGGUGAUGCACUUCCAAAGGCAUUUCUCUGACUGCUUCUGAAGCCAGAUGGGCCUUGAUCUGAGGCAGUAAAGCACACUGACUUUAGGGACUCUGCUCUGAGGUGGCAGGUGAAUCAGCACUCAAUCAGAAGACAGUGUGGUGCCGUGGCUAAGAACGUCAGUACCUGGGAGACCUGGGUUUGAAUCUCUGCUUGUGCCAUAAACACUCUGAUCUUGAGUCAGUCACACUCUCUCAGCCUAACUUACCUCACAGGGUUGUUGUGAGGACACAAUGGAAGAGAGGAGAAUGAUGUCAGGUGCUUUGGAAGAAAGGCAUGGUAUGAAUAAGCUAAAUAAUAAAGUAUUCUAGCCCCA